AUGACUGGAGAUGUGACCAGGCAGUUGCUGGUUUUAACUGUUCUUUAGAUGUAAUAAAACUCCUAAUAGACCUGUGGAGGCCACCUCUAAGAGCUGCCACUGCUCACAACUUUUAUUUUGGUGAUGAACAUCCUACUCACAUUAAUACUACUACUAAGUACUGCGUGCUUCAUGUCAGGCCUUGAUUUGCACCAUCUCACCGAUUUCUAAUCCUAACGCUACCCCAUGUAUAGAUACGACUGCCUUUUAGAAACCUUGAACCUGAGGCACGAAUCAAGAGACUGAAUAUUCUGGCACAGGUUAAACAGAUUACUCCUGUCUGGUUUUCUCAAGUGUCACAAAGCAUUUGCGCAAUGUCCUGGGCUGCUAUGACACCCCCUAGGAAGAAGUCUGAGGACAACUUGGAGAAGGACAGCUUUCAAGAACAGUCCGCCCUCACUUUGAUGAAGCAAAUCGGAUGGAAACAAUUCGUUCAGAUCGAGGCAUCCGACAGACGUAGGCUCUGCCGCACAGCCGAAUCCUCGGCCACCCUGCUGCUCAUCCGGACUCCAGGCCUCCUGCGAGCAAACCAGCGUGGGCGCGCCCUCCCCGGCCUGGGCCGUGCAGGCUGGAGGACGCCCAGGAAGGAGCAGGCCAGGCUGGGCCAGGGUCUCCCGGGAGGUCACGCCUGCGUCUCUGCGCCGGGGCAGGGCGAGAGAGGCGGAGAGCCCCGUGUGCCCCCCCAGGGGCUCAAGUUCCUCCAAAGCUCCGUGACCCUCCCCCUAGAGCCCCGUGUUCCCCCUCCAGAGCUCCUUGUUCCUCCUAGAGCCCCGCGUCCCCCCC